AGCAUUGUCUACGUGUUAACAGGGCAAGACACUUGAUUUAAGGAUUAUAUUUGACAGGUGUCAUUAGUUUUACAAUGGAAGACUGUGGCUUUUUCAGUGUAAAAAAUAUCCUAACAGUGACAAGGUGUAUCGCAUUUCAAAUAAACGUUCAGUAACUGGCAAGAAAACAUUAUUAUUAUUUUUAAAAAGAAUUUUUUUUUUUUUUUUUUUUUUUUUAAAUAACUGUCAGUCUAGAAAUACGUAUAGAAUAAAAGUGCGUGUGUUUUUUAUAUCCCCACUGAAAAGGGUGACAAGUUUAUUUAUAGCUGGGCCAGUAUUCGACUGCUACGUAUGUUUACAUGCACCCGUUUGAUAUCGCCAACAUUAUACACGGGACACCGGUAAAAUAUCCACUGGGACGGUUACACUGUACGAUGACGUCACCGAUAGGAAAUUACUAAUCCAUUAUGUGUGUGGGCAUUUAAUACUUUUUCACGGAAGUGAAGUGCAAGGAUUUUUAAACAGCAAUGUCAGUGGUGUGGAUGUACACAGGUGUUAUAGUGUACCUCGCCGUGCUGUUUACAACAGUCAACGCACAAGACGCCGGUACAGGUAAAGAAACUAGUGGAGAAAAGGUUUUUAAUUCAACAUUGGACAUGCCGUCACCAGACGAUAAUGAGACGUUAGAAGUGAUGGCCGUGGAACAAGGGGCUAGUGUUGGUGUUGUGAUGGGCAUCGUCAGCGGCGUUGUCAUCCUAGUCGCUGUUGUCGUCGUCGUCCUCGCCGUCUGGAUCAGACGAAAGCGUCAAAGAGACAUCGAAUUCGAAAGGGCGAAAAAAGUACAAAGAUCGUCUGCCAUCACUGCUGGGGUCUAUAUCGAUUUGGCAACCGAUACACCCAUCGUAAAGAAGCCCGUUGUCUUCGCCGAAUCCUCAGAGAUGGAGAAACUAAGGAAGGACGACGGGGAGGAAAUAGCAUAAACACGGAUACGAUCGUUCUGUAAAUAGUCCAGUAUUCCAAAGACUUCAUUAUUUCCAGUAUACUUGUCUGAUGUCAGCUAACAUGAAAUGUCACCCUGCUUUUCUCACCGGUCAAAAUGAUAUGCCACGUCAUCAUCUGCAUAAUGCAAAUUUGAGAGUCAACACUGUUAAUACUUUAUUAUAAAUAGUGAUUACUAGUAUCUUCCAGUGAUCUGAGAGAAACGAAUUGGAUUAUUGACGUUAAUCGGCAACCUGAUGAGAUACAUAAUCUGAUAUGUAAUGUGUAUUACUUAACAAAAUUGUUGUUGUGGAGAAAAGGAAAGUCGUAUCGAAGACUAAAGGGAAAGUACUAGAUGGAAAACAAAAUGACAAAUAAUACGUUAUACUAACUGCAUUAUCUAGUGCUCAUUUGCUAUGGAACAAAAAGCGGAAAAGGGACACGGGAUACCAAGGCUGUUAAAAGCGGCUCGAUCCAUAGGGGACUGCUGAAUGAACAAAUGCUCUGUUAACAAUGCGAUUGUGAUUAUCACAGUUUGUACACAGAUAUCUGAGGUUACGUCAAUAUAUGUGAUCAUUUUACCAACGUCCAUUUUAUCUCUGCCAAGUUAAACACGGUGAUCAAUGCUGAAUUCAUGUAGACGAACAUUCAUCGCUUUGUUCUGGAUCCGGCUUUUCAGGACGUCACUAUAAAGUUAAAAAGUACAGUUAAAGAGACUUUCAGUAGUUACGUUUUUAACAGUUUCGCGCUCUCGUUUCCUUAAGGCAGCAAAGCAAGUUGCAGAUGGUUCUGCAAUGUUGUGUGACCCCUCACAUUUUACAAGAGUUUUAUUUGGUUUAAUAAACAGUCAGUAAGUUAAUACUAGUACUAUCUACACAUUAAAACGUUUUGAAACUUGUUAAUCUUUUUCAUCAAACGUAAACUUCAAAAGCGCCUAAUUCCCUUUGCCCCAUGAAGUUUUAUAAGGUAGGUAAGUUAAUAUGGAUUUUAACUACCAUCUUUAAAUUAAAACAAAUAAAACUUGUUAAACUUUGUGUCAAAAAUAAUCUUUUCCUCUUGGUCCAAUAAUACUAAGGUCUCGCAUGCAAAAGAAAUAAUAAUGUUUCUUCAAUAAAACAUUUUCGUUGUUAAAAUUAUUGCUUAUAUGGAUAUAACUUGAGGCUGUCUGUAGGUUGAUUUAGUUUUGCUUUGUACAGCUAUGUUGUAAUCAUUGAAAUCUUGUAUUCGUGUAACCGAUUCAAGGAAUGAUGAAAAAGGCGUGAGGGUCGGGCAACAUGAUUUGUAUUAAUUACUUUUAGGAAUGAAAGUACUAUAGACUAAUUCUGAAUCAUAAAUCAUAUUUUUUAUUAACAACUCGAUCUAGGAAUUCAAAUACAACUCUGUUUUAAGAACCCUAUCAACAUUCGUCAUUAAUAUCUUAAUCGGAUAUGUUAAAACAAUACGAAUACACAUUGUAAGCAAACGUCUUAAAUUAUUUAGUGUAUCGACUUGACCUUUCUUUUAAGAAACAGGUCCAAAUACAAUGUAAGUAGAAAACAGGUCAAAUGGUAAAGUCUAUUAUAGAAAUACAAGGUGAGUUGCUGAAUAUAGUGGACAUUCGGGCUGAUAAUCCGAUUAAACAAUAUAGUGACCAGGGGCAAAAUUAGUAUUUUUCCAGGGAGAGAUGGAACGUUUCAAAUUGGCAACUACAAGAUUCAGGAAGGGGUGCACCGCUUAAAAAGGGCACCUACAAUAUUCAAAAGUACAUAUGCAUUAUAUAUGGCAAUACUCUUCCCAAAGCAGCAAGCCAACGAAGACCGUACGUCCCCAACUAAACAAAAAUUAAUCCAUUGCAUUCAUUUGCUACACACUGGACCUGUCGUGGUAAUUCAAAAUUGUGUGGGGGAGAAGGAAGACCCACCUCCAACACCAUUCUCCUGGAUCCGCCCUGUAGUGAAACUCCAUCUAUCAAAUUAGUUCUGGUCUCCCAUGAUUGAAAUACAUGUACUCUAAUAUGUCCACGGUAACUGAACCAUGCACUAACUGUAGUACAUCAUAUGUGAAUUUUAUUUUAAAGCGUUACUACCUCAAACGGAAUGGGCCGGAUUUACGAAGCCUGUUUAUGUCUUACACGCGUGUAAAUACAAACAUUUAUAACGAGUUUUAGAAAAACAGGAUUCGUAAAUUCGGCCCAUAUGUUUACUUCGAUUUUCUCACGCUUCGCUGACUAUUAAUUAGGAACAUUUUAGCAUUCUGUAUGAUAUAUAGACUUUGCCACAGGUGUUUGAACGUUAUUUCGUCAUACCAAAAAUAUUUUAUCGCACAUAUCGGUAUCGGAGUAUUACAUUUACCGUUAGAAACAGCACGAAUGUAUUCGUUUUAAUAUAUUUUUUUUUUUUUAGAAUAAGUAAAAGUUUAUGGGUUGAAUUAUGACCUUUCGAUUUAUUUGUAAAUCCUAAUAUUAGAACCUAGAUCAUUCUAAAAUAUUUGCAUUAUAUUGUGUGUUUGGUUAUGUUUUUAAAUGUUUUUUAUUUUUGUUUUUGUGUACAACUGUUUGUAUGUGGGUUUUUUUUUAUCCAUCUUAUUAAACAUACAAUACUCUUUAAAUUAAAAACGUUUGUCCAUUAUAAAAAAAAUAAAAAAUAAAAAUAAUAAAUAAAUAAAUUACUAUACUGUCAUUUUCAAGUGCAGGACCGUUGAAGUCGAGAGGUUGGCUAUAGUCCGUCCCAUUGGGAACGCUUUUUUUCAUAUUAUAAAAUUUACUACUAGUUAUUUAUUUCUGAGCCGAUUUCUAAAUUGCAUACAUUUUUUUUCGUUGUUUCCAAAACACUUUUACUUUUUUUCUAAAGUCAAACCAAACUGAAAUUAUUUAUUUAAAAAAAAUAAAAAACAUUUUUGUAGGAUUGGACGGACUAUAGGUGAAAAUCUCGUCAGACAUGUUACCGCAUUGAGCUAUCAAAACUAUUUGUUAACGCUCAUUUCCGUAUCUUAAAUAAUAUCACUAUCAUUCAUUAUAUUAUAUAUGUACUAGCUUCUACACCCUCCGGCGGGCCUGAACUAAAUUCGUUCAGUAUGUUAGUUUAUAUAUUACUACGACAAACAUCUUUGAUCCUUGGGGCCAAAGCUAUUAAGGCCUACUGUUUUUAUCUUUCUUUUCACAUCUUGCCGUACAAGAUACAUUUGUAUUCAAUUUUCAGCGUUACCUUUGUAAAAGGACUGGACAAAAACAGAACAAAAUUUAUUCAGAAUACAAAUAUGAUCUUCAACAAAUUAUUAUUUAAUGUUAUGUGGUUUGGUAUAAAUUAUUUUUCUAUCGUGUAAAGAAGUAAAACAGCAAUUAUAGCGUUGGAAUAAUUAUACUAAACGCUUAAUGGAAUCUUUAUAGCGAUAAUGUGUUCUCUAUUUUAACAUGUAAAUUCUGUAUAUAUUGAUGUUUUAAUAAUAAAUAUUUCAAAAUAA